AUGGGCGACGACGACGCGCGCGCGACGGGUGGGAACGCCGCGCGCGUGGUGAGGCGUUCGGCGCAGUUUCGGGCGCUGAUUCGUAAGAAUUACGUGCUGAAGACGAAGGGCGUGUUGCGAUGCUGCACGCUGUGCGAGAUCUUGGUUCCGGUGAUCUUCUUGGCGCUCAUGUGCCUUCCCAGGGCGCUCGUUCCGGACAGUCGGACGAAUGAUGAGCUGUCGAGGCCGUAUUCGCUCGCGGGGGGGAUCGAGAGCGCGAGUCAGAGACAAUUGAAAGGGUUUCGAUUCGUCGUGUCGCCGGCGACGGCGGAGACGAUGGAAUUGGGACGACGGGCGUACGUCCACGCGUCGUGCCUGAGCGAGCGCUCGAGCGCGCCGGAUAGGGCGCUAGCGACGGAUAAUGAGAGUUGGCGGAAGAGCUUUUUCAAUUUGAUGUACGAUCAGGCGAUGAACUCGUCGGGAGUUGCCACGGGAGUGAAGUCGGCGUUUCAGGCGAAAGGGUACAACGCGAGCGCGAUGGCGACUGCGUGUUCGGAGGCAACCUUACAGAAUGCGGGGAGUUUCGAUUCGGAGUGGGACGCGAUCUUGGAUGAGGUCGUGGUGACCAAGGCGGACGAAACCGCGGCGCUCGCGUACAUCGCCGACAACCCGGGAGAGGUUCUCGCGUACGCGCAGUUCACAUCCGGUGGCUCCAUCUCGUCCACGACUGAGUUUAAGUACACGCUGAGGAUGAACUCGACGAACGUCAACCGCAAGGAGAAGAGGGUUGGUACGUUCAUGGAGGAAGACUUCUCGGGUAGGUGGGAGAGCGCGUACAACACCGACGAGUGGACCAAGUAUCGGGCGUUCGCCUACGCGCAGAACGCAUUUGACGCGGCAAUCAUAGACAUGAAGGACGGUGGAAACGAUUACGGCGUCACAUUGGACGCGUCACUGAAACCGUUUCCCUGGGUUGGAAUGGAUUACAACGUCGGCGGCGUCAUCGCUGCAGCUUUUUACGGCUUUGUCGGCGCGCUCGCGUUUCAAACGAAUGUCGUCCUCGUCAUGAAAUCUAUCGUGGUAGAGAAAGAGUUGCGUCUCAGAGAGGGUAUGAAGAUGAUGGGCAUGUCGAACACGAUGUUUUGGUGGUCGUGGUUCGUGACCCACUGGCUAUCGGCGAUGAUCUCUGUCGUCUUGAUCACUCUAGUCGGGAUUUACCCAUUCAUCUACACGAAUCAGUUCAUACAGUUCCUAUUUUACACCUUUUGGGUCGCGUCUCUGACGCUUUGGAACUUUUGGAUAUCCACCUUCUUUUCAAAGUCUAUCACCGCCACCAUUGUGGGCUGUUUUGUAUACGUCGUCACCAUGGUGCCGUCCAUCGCCGUUCGCAUCACCGCUCCAGAGGGCACCGGAGGUUGGAUCGCCGCGUGCGUAUUUCCCUCGGGGGCGAUGAACAUGUGGGGCGCCGCUUUAGCAAUUUUAGAGGUGAACAAGAAGGGUAUCACGUUCGAGACAUUCAACACGGAUGUGACGCUGAAGGGAAACGUGACAUGUGCGAAAAUAUUCGCCAUGGUAAUUUUCGACUGCCUCUUAUACGCGUUUCUCACCUUUUACUUUGACGCGGUGUGGAAGACCGAGUACGGGACGCGUCGACCGUUUUAUUUCCUCUUUACUCGCGACUAUUGGUUCGGAGAGUCGGCAAGGCGUUCCGCCGGCGCCAACCGCGUCGUGGGGCUCGAGCAGGAAUCGGGAGACAACGUCGAAGCACUGACGCAACAGCAACUCAGCAGCGCAAGCAUUGUCGUUCGCGGUCUUACGAAACAGUUUGGUCAAAACGUCACCGCGGUGGAUGACUUGACGAUGACGUUUGUGCCGGGUCAAGUGAGCGGACUUCUCGGUCAUAAUGGCGCGGGAAAGACGACGACGAUAAGCAUCCUCACCGGGCUGAUCGACAGUACCUCCGGUCACGCGACAGUCAACGGAUACGAUACGCAGACGCAGAUGCGAGAAAUCCGCGGCAGUCUCGGUAUUUGUCCUCAAUUCGACGUGCUCUGGCCAACUUUAACGGUUCGUGAGCACUUGGAGCUGUACGCUGCAUUCGCGGGGAUGGAGAAAGAAUCAAUAACACCGCAGCUCGAGAGAGUCGUUGCCGAGGUCGCGCUGACAGAGAAGAUUGACGUCAACUCCUCCGAUCUCUCGGGCGGCAUGAAGCGGAAGCUUUCGCUCGCGGUCGCUUUCAUCGGAGAUCCAUCAGUCGUGUUUCUAGACGAGCCAACUUCCGGGAUGGAUCCUUACUCGAGGCGAUUCACCUGGGACGUCAUUCGGAGAAGGGCGGCGAAUUGCACCGUGUUGCUCACCACGCACUUCCUCGACGAGGCCGAUUUGUUGUGCGAUCGCGUCGCAAUCAUGAGUGCGGGGAAACUGGCUUGCAUCGGAUCGCCGCUAUUCCUCAAGUCGAGAUUCGGCACUGGCUACUUACUCACGUUUGCACGACGCACACGCGCGUCGUCUGGCAAGCUCGACGCCAUGGCGCAGCACAAUACCAACGCCACGCUGAGAUUUAUCCAAAAGUUUGUGCCCAACGCCGUCGUGCACAGCGAUGUCGGCGCCGAACUUUCGUUCGCGCUUCCUUUUGAAUCUACCGGUGUGUUUUCGGAGCUAUUCAAGGCGCUUGAUACGCAGAGCGCCGAACUUGGUUACACAAGUUACGGCGUGAGUUGCACCACUCUCGAGGAUGUCUUCCUCACUCUGGCUCACGCCGGUGGUCCAAACAAGUCGACACCGAGCGAAAAGGUUGACUUGGACGUGCCCGCGCUCGAACCGAACGAUGAUGAGUCGCAAGACGCGCGCAUGCUCUCCAUCAAACGUACAGAGGCGCGCAAGCAGUUCGCCACCGGGAGCGCGUUGCUCAAGGUUCAGCUUCGUCGAUUGCUAUGGAAGCGUCGACUCAACCUGAGACGGACAAUACGACAGUACGUCAUGAAGAUGAUCGCCCCGUGUUGGAUGGUCAUCUUAGCGCUCUACUUGUCCAAGCUCUCGUGGGAUCCUAGCGAUACGAUCAAUCCGAAACUCAUCGGACGGCAGAUGGUUGACAACAAGAAGAUGCUCGUCACGUACCCGUCGGUCGACGUCGAGGCGGGUUUGGUGUCCAUGAAAUUGGGCUCCAACGGCUACGACCUCCAUCCGCAGUACUCUCCAGAGAUCAACUGCAUGUGUAACUGCCUUGCGAAGGAUCAAACGAUCACGUUCAGCGCGCUGACGUGCUGCAUGUACAAUAGGACUAUUGAGGCGCAGUGCACUGCGGUGGCGGCAUUGCUUCUCGUCGACAACUGUGCAAAAUCCACGCAGGGCUGGGACGUACAAGCCGAUGUUUUCGGCACGUCUUGUUCGGGAUUAAUCGACACGAGCUUCGAUGCGCACUUGCUCAACAUCCAAGAGAAGUCUCGCCCGUGUGACAUGCAGCCAAAAGCUCCUUGCGACGUCCUGUACGUGGAUCAUUACAACGCGUCGCACUACAGUCACACGCUGUACACCCAUCAGACGGCUUAUCACGCGGUUCCGGCCGCUAUCAACACUGCAAAUCAAGCAAUUUUGCGCAAACGCACAUCGGACGACGCUGCGAGCAUCGAUACCACCAUUUACUGGUACCCCAGUCUGGUCAACACCAAGAAGGAGGGUGACGUCGAGGAGUCGGACAACGCGAGCUCCACCUUUGUCGUCGCGAUGUUCAUCGUUAUGGGCAUGGCCAUUCUGACCGCUGGCAUUUCUGUCUUCCCUGUGUAUGAGCGAUGCAACAACUCUAAACAUCUUCAGCUUGUCAGCGGCGUUGAUAAGCGAAUGUACUGGCUGUCGCAUUUCAUCGCCGACGUCUUCUCAUUGGUGCUUCCGUACGUUAUCACUCUUCUCAUCUUUGUGGGUUACAACACGUCGUAUUACAAGGAUCAACUCGGCGCCAUCGCGUUACUACUGUUUUUUUUCUUGUUGACAGCGAUUCCACACUCCCAUUUUCAAGGAUUCGCGUACACGAGCGAGUACUACACCUUCGUGGGACAAAUCGCCACGAACACCUUUUUCGGAGUUGUCACAACCAUCGCUGGCAUCGUGACAGACGCUCUGAAAGAUCUGAACAAAGAAACGCUUCUGGUGAGCCGACUGUUCAACUACGUGUUUCCGCUCGUCAUUCCACAUUUUAGCCUAGGAAAAGGUCUUUACGAUCUCGCGCAGAACGGUCUGGAUGCGACACGAAAGAUAUAUCGAGAAGACUGCAUGUGUCUCGUGCCCGUCGUUCCGAAGGGUUCGUACACAGUCAUCGCAGACGACUUAGGUUACUUGAUCGGAACCUUCUUCAUGUGGACCGCGUUCUUGUUCGUCAAGGAGUAUCAAGAAGUGUUGUCGAACUGGAGACUCAAACGUGGCGGUUUCUCAAAUGUGCCGCAGCAGAGUGCUGACGAAGAUGAUGACGUUGCCGCUGAGCGCAAACGAGUGCUUGAUGGUGACGUCGAGGACGAUGGCGUCGUCGUGCACCACUUGUCGAAGAUGUACAAGGCUAUGACGUCAUCGAAACUUGCGGUGCGUAACAUCAGCGUCGGUUUGCAUCGCGAUCAAUGCUUCGGUUUGCUUGGAAUCAACGGCGCGGGUAAGACGACGACAUUCAAGAUGCUCACGGGAGAAUUCCCGCCGACAACUGGAGACGCGAUCGUCCGAGCUCGCGAUAAUACCUCGCACAGCGUGACCAGCGAUCUGGAUCAAGCUCGGAAGCUCAUGGGCUACUGUCCGCAGUUCAACGGGUUACAGCCGAACUUCACUGCUAGGGAACACAUCGAGUUCUACGCCGCCAUUCGCGGCAUGCCGUCAGAGACGAUACCGGCGACAACCACAGAGCUCCUCAAGCGCAUGGAUUUGACCAAGUACGCCGACCGACAAGCGGGCACGUACAGUGGUGGGAACAAACGUAAGCUCUCCGUGGCGCUUGCGCUUGUUGGAGAACCGGAAGUCGUCUUCUUAGACGAACCGUCCACGGGCAUGGACCCAGAAGCAAGACGAUUCAUGUGGGACGUCAUCUCAUCGAUGGUCGUCGGACGCACUAUCGUGCUCACUUCGCACUCGAUGGAAGAGUGCGAGGCGCUCUGCAAUCGCAUCGGUAUCAUGGUCGGUGGUGAGUUCAAGUGUCUUGGUUCUUUACAGCACUUGAAAUCCCGAUUCAGUGAAGGUUACACGAUCGAUGUGCGAUUCGCUGAGGGUAAAGGACCGGCAGUGUUGAACGCACUGCACGCGACGUACGCCGAUCUAGGCGCGGAGAUCGCGGAAACACACGAGACAGAAAUCAAGAUGCGUGUCACCGAUCCGGAAAUUAAACUCUGGCGCAUGUUCGAGGCCGUCGAGGCUCUGAAGAAUUCUCACGACGAGACGAUUCGUAUAGACGACUACAGCGUCUCCCAAACGACGCUCGAACAAGUAUUCAUUCGAUUCGCCAAGGAUCAAAAGGAAGAAACGCACGCGGCUCCAGGUUUGCGAUAG